CGGAGCCUGCGCUCUGCGAUCGACUGAGGCUCCCUGGCCGCUCGCGCUUUUCUCUCCUUCUCCAAGAUGGCGGCGGUCGGCGGCGCUGAGGCGGGAUCCAGACGAGCCAAGUGAAGACCUGGUCCUGUAGACGGGAAGGAGCCUGGACACAGUGGCAUUCUCAAAAGGCCCUGCAGGACCGCCAUGGCUUAUGAUGACUCCAUGAAGAAAGAAGAUUGCUUUGAUGGUGAUCACAGCUUUGAGGACAUAGGACUAGCAGCUGGCCGAAGCCAACGAGAAAAGAAACGUUCUUACAAAGAUUUUUUAAGGGAAGAGGAAGAAAUCGCUGCUCAGGUCAGGAAUUCUUCCAAGAAGAAAUUAAAGGACAGUGAACUUUACUUCUUGGGGACGGACACACACAAGAAGAAAAGGAAGCAUUCCUCUGAAGAUUACUACUAUGGAGAUAUUUCAUCUUUGGAAUCGUCACAGAAGAAAAAGAAAAAGUCCAGUCCUCAGUCUGCUGAUACAGCUAUGGACCUGUUGAAAGCUAUUACUUCUCCACUGGCAGCAAGCUCCAAGUCCUCCAGGAAAAUGGGGGAAAAAUCCUCGAGUUCUUCAAGCCAUUCAGAGAGUAAAAAGGAACACCACAGGAAGAAAAUAAGUGGAAGCAGUGGGGAACUAUCCCUGGAGGAUGGUAGUUCCCACAAAUCCAAAAAAAUGAAACCACUUUAUGUGAACACAGAGACACUGACCCUUCGUGAACCCGAUGGUUUAAAAAUGAAGCUGAUUCUCUCACCAAAGGAAAAGGGAAGCAGCUCAGUUGAUGAGGAAUCUUUUCAGUACCCCUCUCAACAAGCAACUGUGAAAAAAUCUUCUAAAAAAUCCUCUCGGGAUGAGCAAGGUGCUUUACUCCUAGGGCAUGAGUUACAGAGCUUUCUGAAAGCAAACCGGAAAAAGCACAAAUCAUCCUCCGACCCGCAUUCGUCUCCUGGCCCUGAAGGUUGUGGAUCUGACACGUCCCAGUUUCCUGAAUCCCACAGUGCAAACCUUGACCAUUCAGGACUUGACCCUCCCCUUGCUGAAUCAGACUCAUCCUCUGGAGGGGAACUAGAGGCUGGGGAGUUGGUAAUCGAUGAUUCUUACCGGGAAAUCAAGAAGAAAAAGAAGUCAAAGAAAAGCAAAAAGAAAAAGGACAAGGAGAAGCAUAGAGAAAGGCGGCAUUCCAAGUCCAAGAGAAGUUCAGGACUUUCUUCUGUAUCAACAGCAGAAGUCCCAGUCAUGACACAUCCACCUCCUCCUCCUUCUCUUCCUCCUCCUCCUCCACCACCUCUUCCUCCUCCACCACCUCCUCCUCCUAGUGUCUCAUACAUUGGAGCAGCAACGCCCCCACCACCACUUCCUGGCCUCCACACAGAUGGGCACAGUGAGAAAAAAAAGAAAAGAGAGGAGAAAGACCGAGACAGAGAGAGGGGAGAAAAGCCAAAGAAAAAGAACAUGUCGGCCUACCAAGUGUUCUGUAAAGAAUACCGUGUUACCAUUGUGGCUGACCAUCCAGGUAUAGAUUUUGGGGAACUUAGUAAAAAAUUGGCUGAAGUAUGGAAGCAGUUGCCAGAAAAGGACAAAUUGAUUUGGAAGCAGAAAGCUCAGUAUCUCCAGCACAAACAGAACAAAGCAGAGGCUACAACUGUGAAAAGAAAAGCAUCCAGCUCAGAAGGUCCCAUGAAAGUAAAAGCUUCGUCUGCAGGAGUACUGUCACCCCAAAAGAAGUCUUCGCCUACCACCAUGCUGUUACCAGCAUCGCCAGCCAGAGCCCCUGAGACAGAGCCCAUUGAUGUCGCUGCUCACCUUCAGCUGCUGGGAGAGUCCCUAAGCCUCAUUGGUCACCGCCUGCAGGAAACUGAGGGCAUGGUCGCUGUGUCUGGCAGUUUGUCAGUGCUUCUGGAUUCCAUAAUCUGUGCUCUUGGCCCUUUGGCAUGUCUGACCACACAACUACCUGAGUUGAAUGGCUGUCCCAAACAGGUCUUGUCAAAUACACUAGACAACAUUGCUUACAUCAUGCCUGGACUGUGACAUCAAAGAAUCCGGGGGCAGAAACACUGCCCUGCCCCCCUGUCGCUGGUUUGUGUAUAUAUGACUGUUCAAAUUUCUUCACUGGCCCUGGGACAAAGGGUUUAAAUUUUUAUAUAUAAACACAAACACACAUGCAUAUAUAUAUAUAUAUAUAUAUAUAUAUAAUGUACCAUAUAUACAUAUGACUAACUACUUUGAUUCGAAUAAUUUUAUGAAAUGCAAAGAUUUAGCCAAGAGGAACCCUUGGCAUGAGUAGGGACGUAGGAUUCUUUUUUUCUCCUCUGGUGGAUAACUCUGCCUUAAAAAUCAAUGUAACUUGGGGCUGGGGGCUUGUUCUGGGUGCCAUGUGCAUCUCUUUUAUGGACAGCUAAAAAUGUGAUAUUUUUCCAAACUCAGUUGUACCUCCAGACCCAUCACUGACCAUUUGCCUUACCUGUCUUACAUUUGAAAUGUAAUAGGAAAGAUUAUAGGAAGAUGCCAGUUGACUGAAAGUAUAAAACCUUUCAACUUGAAGUGAUCUAAAUGGGAUUUGUCAGAAUUAUUCCCAACUCAUGGUUUCUGCAAUGGCUUAGGUGAACUUAGGAGGCGGUUCAUUCCAAUUUCUGCUAAACAGAAACAAAUUUUAUUACAAUCAUUGGCCACCUAAAUAGAAGCCCAAGGAGUUGUGUGAGCCCUGGAAGCAUAAAACACAUUGGAGAGGACUAAGCUGUCAUUGUUACUAGCUGAACUGCAUAUUUCAUGAACUGACCCAGGAUAUUUAGUGUGCAGAACUAAAAACUGGUUAUCUUCCAUUGGCAGUACUAGCUUAGCUACUGAAUCCUCACGGGGUUUACUGUUUUAGCUGCUUAGUGGUUGUGGAAGGUGAACUUUGCCCAGUGUGAUUCUCAAAUCCUUACUGGCUCCCCUGGUGGGAAGAUACACAGUGUUCUGUAUUCCACAUGAGGAAAUUGGGGGGAAAAAAAAGAAAAAUACCUGAUUCUCAUGUAGGGUUAUUUAUGUGCGCGUGUGAAUAUAUGUUUUAAUUAUGUGUAUUUAACGCUUUAAAAUCUUAGAUUUUAAUUUAUCCUGUAAAUUUCUGUAUAUAUAAUUUAAUAACAAAAGUCUCCACCAGCAGCUGUGUGUGGAAGAUACAGAUUUGUCAUUUGCUUCUUUCAUCUUUCCUCUGAUCUCCUCUAAAGCUCCAAAUCAUCUACAUUUUAAAGUUUUGUGCCUCAGAGAGGAAUCAUUAUGUUUAGAUUCUAAUUCUUUACAGAGAACUUUCAUAGUCUUCAAUAAUGUCAAAAAGUGAAAUAAAAUAAAAAGAAAGGUUACCAUGCCCAGCUGACCUCAUAUCCAGAGAACCAGAUUUUUGCUACCCUGUUGCAUAGAAGACCAUUGAGCAGUUGAGGGUUGUUUUUAAAUUUGGUGUAAUUCCCUGUCAAAGCCAAGGUUUCUUCCCCUGACGUAGAUUACACGGUGCACAACACCGAAGUAAAUCUCAUGAGGACAGUGCAGCCAACCUGCAUCCCAUUUAAUCCCUUCCAUUGUCCCUACAAGUAUAACACAGGGCUUUGUUCCUUAAAGGUAUUCUGACUGCUAAAUGCCUUUCUCAGCUCAGUCAGACAGUUUUGAAAUUUAAUUGGGGGAAAUAGUGAAGGAAACGUGAAUGGGAGCCAAGACCAAGAAGAGUCAAAAUCUUGGUUUGAUUUUAUGUGUUAGAACCUAUACCGUGCCACUCAUCUGGACCCUUGGAAGUUUCCUGUUGAACACAGGGAAGGGCCUUUAUCUGGAUUAGUACAGAACAUAGUCAGCCCUACCAUUGUCAUCUGUGUACAUUAUUAAAACCAGAAGUGGGCCUGCUUUUUGUUUAUUUUCCUUUGAAAUCCAACCCUAUCAUAUUUGUAUUUAAAAUUUGUACACAUUUGUAUAAUAAUCUGUACCUUGUGGUAUUUGGUACUAUUAAGAGGGAAAACUUUGGAUUCAGACCUUCUUGAACUUUUUAUACCAUUGUUUUAUUUUUUUUUUUAAAUAAAAUCUAGCAGUUUGGUCCAAAUUCCAUUGCGAUUGUAUAAAGAAAAUUUUGUACUUAUAUUAUUAAAAAUCACAUUUUUAAUAUUUGUAGUCCAGUCUCAGGUAUCUUUUUCCCUGCUACUAACCAAAGAUGCUACAAAAUUAUUAAACCUGUAUGCUGCUGUAAUUUUAAGGGGAAAAAAGGUGUGAAGUAGAGAUUAAGUUUCUAAGCUUAGUUAUUUUUUCAAAGACACAUCUUGCUUUGGUAUGUUUUUACAUUCCAUUUUUUGGGUUUUUUUUUUUUUUUUUUUCUUUUUUUAGCACCUGCAGACCUACUUCACUACUCCCCUGCAGGUGGGGAGCCAGGGGCUCGAACUAGGAUCCUUAAGCUGGUCCUUGCGCUUUGCGGCCACGUGCACUUAACCGCUGCGCUACCACCCGACUCCAAUAUUUUAUAUUCUGAAGGCACUCAUGUUCCUUUUGAAAAUUGCAAACCCAGUUAGUCUGAGAAGUAUAGCUCAUUGGCAAAAAUGAAAUUAUACAUUUGGAUUUUGGUCUAACUCAGAAUGUCUUAACAGUCUUAUUUAAGGGUUAUAUCUGGAUCACGUGCUUAAAUAUAUCCCAUGCUUUUUUUUUUUU